AGCCGCAGCCACGCCGAAGGGCUUUCAGGCUGCUAGGAGGUUAUUCCAGCUGCUCCCUGGCCGUGUGUGUUUGUGGCUGCGGGCACUUUGGCACGUCGUGGCUCCCUUGCUCCCGAGCCAUGGGUGCUGCAGAGGCUGGAGCGGAGCCGUGACCUUUCCUGGGGUGCCGGAGGAGCAAGAGUGGAUUACGACGUGAAGUUCUGGCUCGCAGCCAGUGCCCUUGCGGGGGAAAAAAAAAAAAUAAAUCACCUGGAUAUCUGCGUGUGGUGGGAACGGCUUCCUCGGAGCUGGGCUUUGCCUCGCCAAAAUGGCUCACGCAGCCGCUUCCAUUAAAAAAGUUCGAGAGUCUGAACUCGAGGAGAGGGAGAGAAACCUUGAGAAGGAAAGGAAAAGGCAGCGGAAAAUCUCUAGGGCUGAUCGGAAGCGCAAGUCUGACAGCAAUGCAAGCUUCCUCCGAGCUGCCCGGGCUGGCAAUCUGGACAAAGUAGUGGAAUAUCUGAAAAGUGGAAUAGACAUCAACACCUGCAAUCAGAAUGGACUCAAUGCUCUGCACCUGGCAGCCAAAGAAGGCCACGUGGGACUGGUACAGGAAUUGCUGGAAAGAGGGUCGGCCGUGGAUUCUGCAACUAAGAAAGGGAAUACAGCCCUGCACAUUGCAUCCCUAGCAGGACAAGCUGAAGUUGUCAAAGUUCUGGUGAAGGAAGGUGCCAAUAUUAAUGCACAAUCUCAGAAUGGCUUUACUCCUUUGUACAUGGCAGCUCAAGAGAACCACAUUGAGGUGGUGAAGUAUCUCCUGGAGAAUGGAGCCAACCAAAGCACAGCUACUGAGGACGGCUUCACUCCUCUGGCUGUGGCGCUGCAGCAGGGGCACAACCAGGCGGUGGCCAUCCUGCUGGAGAACGACACCAAGGGCAAGGUGAGGCUGCCGGCCCUGCACAUCGCCGCCAGGAAGGACGACACCAAGUCGGCGGCGCUGCUGCUGCAGAACGACCACAACGCCGACGUGCAGUCCAAGAUGAUGGUGAAUAGGACGACUGAGAGUGGCUUUACACCUUUGCACAUCGCCGCACACUAUGGGAACGUCAACGUGGCCACGCUGCUGCUGAACCGAGGAGCUGCAGUCGACUUCACGGCAAGGAAUGGAAUCACCCCCCUGCAUGUGGCUUCCAAAAGGGGAAACACAAACAUGGUGAAGCUCUUGUUGGAUCGCGGAGGGCAGAUCGAUGCCAAAACCAGGGAUGGACUCACCCCGCUGCACUGUGCUGCAAGGAGCGGACAUGACCAGGUUGUGGAGCUGCUCCUGGAGCGAGGUGCCCCUCUGCUCGCACGGACCAAGAAUGGACUGUCUCCCCUGCACAUGGCAGCCCAGGGGGACCACGUGGAGUGUGUCAAACACCUGCUGCAGCACAAGGCCCCCGUGGACGACGUGACGCUGGAUUACCUGACCGCCCUCCACGUGGCCGCGCACUGCGGCCACUACCGUGUCACCAAACUCCUCCUGGACAAGAGAGCCAACCCCAACGCCCGUGCCCUGAAUGGUUUUACUCCACUGCACAUUGCCUGCAAGAAAAAUCGCAUCAAAGUCAUGGAACUCCUGGUGAAAUAUGGGGCUUCAAUCCAGGCUAUAACAGAGUCGGGCCUCACACCAAUACACGUGGCUGCAUUUAUGGGCCACUUGAACAUAGUCCUCCUUCUGCUGCAGAACGGAGCCUCUCCCGAUGUCACUAACAUUCGUGGAGAGACUGCGCUGCACAUGGCGGCACGUGCCGGGCAGGUGGAAGUAGUUCGCUGCCUCCUGAGGAACGGGGCCCUGGUUGAUGCCCGAGCCAGGGAAGAACAGACCCCGCUGCACAUCGCCUCUCGCCUGGGUAAGACGGAGAUCGUGCAGCUGCUGCUGCAGCACAUGGCCCACCCCGACGCCGCCACCACCAACGGGUACACGCCCCUGCACAUCUCCGCCAGGGAGGGCCAGGUCGACGUCGCCUCCGUGCUCCUCGAGGCAGGCGCCUCCCACUCCAUGUCCACCAAAAAGGGAUUCACACCGUUGCACGUGGCAGCCAAAUACGGGAGCCUGGAAGUGGCGAAGCUCCUGCUGCAGCGUCGUGCCUGUCCCGAUUCCGCUGGCAAGAACGGGCUCACGCCGCUGCACGUGGCCGCGCACUACGACAACCAGAAGGUGGCGCUGCUGCUGCUGGAGAAGGGCGCGUCGCCUCACGCCACCGCCAAGAACGGAUACACCCCUCUGCAUAUUGCUGCCAAGAAAAAUCAGAUGCAGAUAGCCACCACUCUGUUGAACUACGGGGCUGAGACCAACAUUUUGACCAAGCAGGGAGUCACCCCGCUUCAUUUGGCCUCCCAAGAAGGUCACGCUGACAUGGCGACCUUGCUUUUGGAGAAAGGAUCCAACAUCCAUGUGGCAACUAAGGCUGGACUGACAUCCUUACACCUUGCAGCUCAAGAGGAUAAAGUGAAUGUAGCUGAAAUACUCACCAAACAUGGUGCAAACCAGGAUGCUCAGACAAAGCUUGGUUACACACCUUUAAUUGUGGCCUGUCACUAUGGAAACAUCAAAAUGGUGAAUUUUCUCCUCAAGCACGGAGCAAAUGUCAAUGCUAAAACAAAGAACGGGUACACCCCUCUUCACCAAGCUGCUCAGCAAGGUCACACUCACAUCAUCAAUGUCCUGCUCCAGCACGGGGCCAAGCCCAACGCCAUCACCACGAAUGGGAACACUGCCUUAGCCAUCGCCAGGCGCCUGGGGUACAUCUCAGUGGUGGACACGCUGAAGGUUGUAACGGAGGAGAUCACCACCACCACAACUACUGUAACAGAGAAGCACAAGCUGAAUGUCCCCGAGACCAUGACUGAGGUCCUGGAUGUGUCUGAUGAAGAAGCCUUUAAACACUCUGAUGAUGAACCCUUCAGUGAUGGGGAAGCAUGUAAUGGCACAGGUGCUGUUAGCAGGAGUUCGUGGAGUGAUGACACAAUGACAGGAGAUGGGGGAGAGUACCUUAGGCCAGAAGAUCUCCGAGAACUAGGAGAUGACUCUCUGCCCAGCAGCCAGUUCUUGGAUGGUAUGAACUACCUGAGGUACAGCUUGGAAGGAGGACGAUCGGACAGCAUCAUGCCCAGCCUGCGGUCCUUCAGUUCAGACAGGUCCCACACCCUGAGCCACGCCUCCUACCUGCGGGACAGCGCCAUGAUCGACGACACCGUGGUGAUCCCCAGCCAGCAGGUAACAACUCUGGCCAAAGAAGCUGAAAGGAAUUCCUAUCGCUUAAGCUGGGGCCCUGAAAACUUGGACAAUGUGGCUCUUUCUUCCAGCCCUAUUCACUCAGGCUGCAUGUCUGCAAAAAAGGAGGCUGGAUCCUUGCUAACAAGAUGCUCUUCUCCAUGUCUUGAUCUUGACAACAGCAGCUUCCUGGUGAGCUUCAUGGUGGACGCCCGCGGGGGUGCCAUGAGGGGCUGCCGGCACAACGGGCUGCGCAUCAUCAUCCCCCCGCGCAAGUGCACGGCCCCGACGCGCGUCACCUGCCGGCUGGUGAAGCGCCACCGGCUGGCCACCAUGCCCCCCAUGGUGGAAGGGGAAGGGCUGGCCAGCCGCCUCAUCGAAGUGGGACCUUCUGGGGCGCAGUUCCUUGGUAAACUUCAUCUGCCUACGGCUCCUCCCCCACUUAAUGAGGGAGAAAGCUUGGUCAGCCGAAUCCUUCAGCUGGGGCCUCCUGGGACCAAAUUCCUUGGGCCUGUGAUUGUGGAGAUCCCCCACUUUGCUGCUCUGCGUGGGAAGGAGAGGGAGCUGGUGAUCCUGCGCAGCGAGAACGGGGACAGCUGGAAGGAGCAUUUCUGUGAAUACACCGAGGAUGAGCUGAACGAAAUCCUCAAUGGGAUGGAUGAAGUACUUGACACUCCAGAGGAGCUGGAGAAGAAGCGGAUCUGCCGCAUCAUCACCCGGGAUUUCCCUCAGUACUUCGCGGUGGUGUCCCGGAUCAAGCAGGACAGCAACCUCAUCGGGCCCGAGGGAGGGGUGCUGAGCAGCACUGUGGUGCCACAAGUGCAGGCAGUCUUCCCAGAAGGGGCUCUAACCAAACGAAUCCGCGUUGGCCUCCAGGCUCAACCUAUGCACACUGAACUUACAAAGAAGAUUUUAGGCAACAAGGCCACCUUCAGCCCCAUCGUCACGCUGGAGCCCAGGAGGAGGAAGUUCCACAAACCCAUCACGAUGACGAUUCCCGUCCCCAAGGCCUCCAGCGAUGGGAUCAUGAAUGGCUACGGAGGCGACACGCCCACUCUGAGGUUACUAUGCAGCAUAACAGGAGGAACCACCCCAGCCCAAUGGGAAGACAUUACUGGGACAACACCACUGACAUUUGUUAAUGAAUGUGUUUCCUUCACAACAAAUGUGUCUGCCAGGUUUUGGUUGAUAGACUGUCGACAGACACAAGAAUCUGUUACUUUUGCUUCCCAAGUGUACAGAGAGAUUAUCUGUGUCCCCUACAUGGCCAAAUUUGUGGUGUUUGCCAAAUCCCACGAUCCCAUCGAAGCGCGGUUAAGGUGUUUCUGCAUGACGGAUGACAAGGUGGAUAAAACUCUAGAACAACAGGAAAAUUUUGCUGAGGUUGCCAGAAGCAGGGAUGUAGAGGUAUUAGAAGGAAAACCCAUCUACGUUGACUGCUUUGGCAAUUUGGUGCCUCUCACAAAGAGUGGGCAACAUCAUAUAUUCAGCUUUUUUGCCUUCAAAGAGAAUAGACUUCCUCUAUUUGUUAAGGUGCGAGAUACCACUCAAGAACCCUGUGGACGACUAUCUUUCAUGAAGGAGCCAAAAUCUACAAGGGGCCUCGUUCACCAAGCCAUAUGUAAUUUAAACAUCACUUUACCCAUUUACACAAAGGAAUCAGAUUCAGAUCAAGAACCAGAAGAGGUUGACAUGACGUCAGAAAAAAAUGACGAGACAGAGUCUACAGAAACAUCUAUCCUGAAAAGCCAUCUGGUUAAUGAAGUCCCUGUACUAGCCAGUCCAGACCUGUUGUCUGAAGUUUCUGAGAUGAAACAAGAUUUGAUCAAAAUGACUGCCAUCCUGACAACUGACCCUUCUGAUAAAUCAGGCUCCAUUAAAGUGAAAGAUCUUGGAAAACCUGCUGAGGAAGAGCCAGGAGAGCCUUUCGAAAUAGUUGAAAGAGUGAAAGAGGACUUAGAAAAAGUAAAUGAAAUUCUGAGAGGGGGAUCCUAUACCAGAGAAGAACAUGUUUUGCAGAAGUCCCUUUCCAAACAAGAACCUGUAGAAGAAGAAUGGAUCAUUGUCAGCGAUGAGGAAAUCGAAGAGGCCAGAAGAAAUGCUCCCUCAGAAGUCACGGAGCCAGCCGGUGUAGAUGUCAGGGUAGACAAAGGGACAGCAAAAAAGGGGAAGCCAGGCACAGCAGGAAAGGUAGAGGAUUUAAAAACACACGUUUCUCUUCCUGAGGUACAGCCACGAGCCUUGCAAGAGGGCUUAGUAGAAGAGAAGGUUGAAGCUGCAGUAAUAAGCAGGGAUUCUGAAAAAGGAGGAAAAGAAUCUCCAAAAACUGGAAAGGAGCAACAGAAGGCGACCUCAGAAGUUAAAAAGCCCAUCAGGACAAAACUAAAAGAGAAACCAAAGCCAAAGGAAGGCAAGGCGCAGAGCAGCGGAGAAAAGCUGAGACUACCAAAGCUCACUGCAGAUGAGUCGCAGGGCGGGGAACCUGGCCUAAAGGUGACAGCUGCUCCAGAGGCUAAAGCCGUGUCCCCUGUUAUAGAGGACACUCCCAUUGGCUCCAUAAAAGAUAAAGUGAAAGCUCUUCAGAAACGAGUGGAAGACGAGCAAAAAGUCCGGUCCAAACUACCCGUCAGAGUUCAAGCAAAAGAAAGCCCUGCCGAGAAAGCACCUAAGAAACCAGCACAAGUCAAGAAACCAGUAGCACACAAAGCCCAACCGCCCGUCUCGCCUUCUUCUAAGACCGAGAGACUCGAAGAGACCAUGUCAGUUCGUGAGCUGAUGAAAGCCUUCCAGUCAGGGCAAGACCCAUCCAAGAACAUAUCUGGCCUGUUUGAGCACAAGUCUGUCAAACAGAAGCAACAGACCCCUGAGAAGGAGACAACUCGGAGGAAAACAACUCCUUCGCAGAGCGAAACGAGGCGAGUCGCAAGCCUCAAGACAGACAAACAGAAGGACAAGCCGAGCCCGGUGUCAAAAGCAGAGAAAGAGCCGCAACCUAAAAAAGGCAAAACGCAAAUUUCUACCACCGAAACCACCAAGAAAGCUGGUGGUAAAGACCAGGCGAAAGAGCAGAGCAGCAGGAAGCCAGUGGAACCUCUCCCUCCUGUAGCAGUUGAUGCAAGUGCGAAAGAAAUGGCAUCUGGGAAGGGCAGGCCUUCUGAUGACCAAGGAGAUCCUGACUUCCAGAUCAGCCCUGACAGGAAAACCUCAACAGACUUUUCUGACGUCAUUAAAGAAGAACUGGAGGAUAAUGACAAAUACCAACAGUUCCGACACCUCUCGGUGACAGAGGAGGGAGAACUUAACUUGGAGCAAGUACUGACCAGUCCUUUUGGUGUUGCUUUUCCCACAGAGGAUGGGAAAGAUGGAUUCCUUCCCGCUCUUUCUCUGCAAAGUGGUGCUUUUGAUGGGAGCUCAGAGAGCCUUAAACACGAAGGUGUGGCUGACUCUCCAGGCAGUCUACUUGACGGAACCCCUCAGAUCAGCUCUGAGGAAAGUUACAAGCAUGAGGGUCUUGCAGAGACUCCAGAAACGAGCCCAGAAAGCCUUUCAUUCUCGCCAAAGAAAACUGAUGGGCCAACUGAGGAAGCUAAAGGAGCGGCUAGAGCACACACAACAGCUGAAACAUGCUCUCCGAAGGAAGUCUCCUCAAAGGAAGAUGAAAAAGAUCAGCAGGAUGAUCAGGAAAGGACAGAGGAAAGACUGGCCCACAUCGCUGAUCAUCUUGGAUUCAGCUGGACAGAGCUAGCAAGAGAACUGGAUUUCACAGAAGAGCAAAUUCACCAGAUCCGAAUCGAAAAUCCCAAUUCACUUCAAGACCAGAGCCACGCACUCCUCAAGUACUGGCUUGAAAGGGAUGGGAAACACGCAACAGAUACAAAUCUUACCCAAUGUCUCACGAAAAUCAACCGGAUGGAUAUCGUUCACCUCAUGGAGACCAGCGGCAUCGACUCCACGCAGGUCCACGGCACCCGCACCUACACGGAGAUGGAACAGUCCAUAGGACUGGACCACAGCGAAGGGUUUUCUGCACUGCAAGAAGAAGUGUACAGCUCAAGACACAAACAGGAACACCACAGAAUAUCUAAAGACAGUGAGCCAACCGAACACCCUCCUCUCGUCUCUGAGGAAGAAGUGUCUGCCAGUUAUUCUCCUUUUCAGGACAGUACUCCCAGGAGCGAGGCAGAGGUAUCCAUGGCUGAGCUCCUGAGGCAAGCACAUAAGGAACAAGUAGAAACCGAAUUCUCAGGGAAACCCCAAGACGUGCCAGGAAAACCAUCUGCUUCACAACAUGAAUAUUCGGUCACAGCUCCAGGAACAGAGCAGUCUACAGCACCGGUAACUGGGAAAGCAGCAAGCACAGCCAAGGGAGAGACAGAAAAAGCAUCCCCACAGCCCCCGUCCUCUGCACAGAGAGGUGACUCUCCCAUUGUCCAGGAGCCCGAGGAUGCCCAGCUCCACCAGGAUGACCCCUCUCCAAGGAGAACUAGUCUUGUGAUAGUGGAGUCAACCGAUGAGCAGAUGGAGAAGUCUGGAAGGGGCUAUGAAGAGGAAUCUUUAGAAAAGGAGUUAGCAGAGGAGUUGGGUGGGCUGGAGAUGAGCUCGGACGAGGACGAGAUGGUCACUACCAGGGUCGUUCGGCGCCGGGUGAUUAUUCAGGCUGAUACUAUGCCUGACAUGCCACCAGAAACAGUCACAGAAGAGCAGUAUACAGAUGAACAUGGCCACACAGUGGUAAAGAAGGUCACUCGGAAGAUCAUCCGUCGGUACGUUUCUCCAGAUGGCACAGAAAAAGAGGAAGUCCUAGUGCAAGGAGCACCACAAGCACCUGUCACCGUUGAAGAAGGAGAUGGCUAUUCCAAAGUUGUGAAACGGGUUGUGCUGAAGAGCGACAGCGAGCAGUCAGAGGUGACCCUGUCGGAGCCUGCUGUUGUGCCUAGUGCCUCCAAAUUCCAGUCGGAGCCAGUGGAAGGCCGGAAGGUCAGCAAAGUCAUCAAGACCACCGUAGUGCACGGAGAGAGGACGGAGAAACACCUGGGGGAUGCCAGCUUAGCUUCCGAUCUGCCGUCAGCCAAAGAGGACUUCGAAGAGGCUCUGAGCUAUACAGGUAACCACGUGAAAUUCCAACUGCCUGCUUUAGUAGAGAAAGAAAUCAGGAAAGAAGAUGGAUCGAUAAUUAAAAGGUUUGCCUUGGCAAGUCAACAAAGUGUUGCUGGAAAAAAAUUAACAGACUCACAGUAUAUGAGUGGAUUUCAGUUGAGUGCCUGAAGUGAAACAUGCACUAGCACCUAAAGCUGGAUUGUGAACAGUACUAAAAAUAACUACUAACAAGCAGGGUCAGUGUGAGGGCUGGAGUGCGUAGGAGGAGAAAACUCACCUGGAAACAUUGGGGGA